CGUUUACAAUGUGCGCAACGCUGUUCCGAUAAUAGCUUCGAGCGUGGUAUUCAGCCGGUUGCACGAACAACCGUUCGGACUUCAUGAAUCCUGUCUUCGUAUUCACGUUUGUUUUUCAUUCUCCCAAAUAUUUAGCUUAGGUCGCAAACUGCGUAUCCUUACGAAAAUAGAUCGAAAACAACGAACGUCCCAGAAGUUUGCUCGAACACCCACUACAGUGCAUUCUGUGUUUUCGAAAAGCUUUUUGAACUGGACAACAUGGCGGGACCCGAAGGUGCCAGCCCGGUGACUAAAGCACAGCCGCCAAGUUUCUUGUGGUCCACGGUUGCACCACUCUUUAUGAUUUUGGGCAUGCCCUGUACGCUCAUGUGCGCCGUCUCCCUUGCCAUCACGCUCAAGUCGUCUUCCACCCUCGCCUUCAAAUGGGGAUUCGAUCGAUUCGUUUACAAUGCCUGCACGUGCUACGGCUUCGGCACAUUGGAGGCCUGGACGUUCGCGGUCGCCUUCAUCCUCUACAGCGCCCUCUCGAUUCUGCUGCUCGACGGCAAGGCGUACCGCGGCCCACCGACGUCCUCGGGAUACAGGCCCGUCUACCGAAACUCCGGAUUCACUUACUACGUCCUGUCGUUGUUGAUCACUGGCUACCUUCUUCUAGAGAAUGACUUUCCGGGAUACGCGAUUUACAGGAGCAUACCGUCCCUGGUCGCGGUCCUCGCCAUCGUGGGCUUCGCCAUUUCGACGCUCCUGUACAUCAAGGGACUGACCAGUCCUUCUCCCGGGGAACACGGUUCUUCCGGAAAUGUCGUGUUCGACUUCUUCUGGGGACUCGAGCUAUACCCUCGCAUCGGCAAGAGGUUCGACAUCAAGCUGUGGACGAACAGCCGAUUCGGAAUGAUGCUAUGGCAACUGCUCGUGCUCAUCUGCUGGAAGGCCCGCGUGGAGAUCGCUGGUUGGAGCUGGGCGAUGGCGGCCACGUCUUUCCUGCAGACUGCGCACGCGGCUAAGUUCUUUUGGCGCGAGGAUCGUUACGUGCAGUUUACGGGCGUCGUUGUGGACAGGUCAGGAUUCUACCUAUCCUUCGGUUACAUGGCCUUCAUGGGCCCGAUAUACGCCAUUCCGAACUUCUACAUGGUGGAACACUGCCCCGACAUGAGUCCAGUGGUGGCAAUUCUAGUAACGUCCUUAGGACUGGUUCUCAGCAUCUUGCACACCUGGUGCGACCGCCAGAGGCAGUUGGUCAAGGACACUCAGGGCGACUGCAUCCCGUGGCAAUCUCCGGCGAAAGUGAUUAGGGCAUCGUACCGGGACAGUGCUGAACACGAAACAACAGACCUGCUGCCACUGUUGGGAUUCUGGUCGAUUUGCCGCAGGCCCGACUACGUACUCGAGAUCCUCAUUCACCUAUGCUGGGCGCUACCAGCAGGAGGGAAAAGCGUGGUGCCCUACAUGAGCGCAAUUUUGCACGCUUGCAUUUUGGCUUUCGAGGCGUACCGCUUUGAAGACCUGUGCACCAAGAAGUACGGUCAGAAAUGGAAGCAGUACUGUUCCAUCGUCAAGUAUAAGAUGAUACCUUACGUAUACUGAAUCGUCGAAGGUCAUAAAGACCUGUAUUAAUAGGUUUCUUUAUGUUCAGCUGGUUUCAUGAAGAUAAAAAGAAUAGGAAUUGAGGGCCUCUUUAACAGUAUAUGAACAUGAGCUUAUUGGAGCAUAAUUAUAGUAGAAAACGGUGCAAUACGGUGGACAGAAAAAAGACCAAACAGGAACAGCGCUGACUACCAACAGGUGUGUUUACAAUUGCUGCACAAAUAUAAACAUUUUCUGGAACGGCAAUGACGGAGAAGAGAGAAGAAUUAGUUCUAACUCAUGUGCAGAUACCCUGAUUUGUUAAAUAUGGUGGAACUCUCAACUACAAAGAUAUGAUAGAAGGGGAGCUGAUACAUAGGAGAGUAGCUCUGUAUUAUUAUUCUGUAGUUCAUUCGAAACUAUACCUCCAACUUCGCAAGUCUUCUCUCAUUCGGUCAAGGAUGACACUUUAUAAUUACGUUAAAGGCUAUGAAGGUGAGCGCCAGUACUUUUACCCACCUAACACAGAAAAAUGAAGCAGGGAAGGUCUGUUUAUUAUUUUUGUUUUAGUAAUUUUCACCUGUUAGAAACAGUUCAAUGCUAAUCUGUUUCCUUCACAUUAAGCUUCGUAGAAUCAACGUUUUGGUUUCAUUUUGAAUUGACUCGUACAGUGCAAAAUACGAGACGGAAGAUAAACAUACGCGCAAAGCACACUUUUGCUAUCUGCAAUGUUUUGACAUUGUUUUUUUCUUUGCACCCAACAUUUUGUGUCAUAAAUGUUUGUUUGUUGGAAACAUGACCCUGCUUUGUCGAAUAUUUGCAGAGAUUGUGCGAAGGCAGUUUUAGCGAACAUGCUUGACGUUUUGUCUUAUAUCUGUGGUGAGCCAAGCCUUAGUACGGACUUCGAAUGCUUUCAAGGCUCUUCAUUGUCAUGUUCAACUGAGAUAUAUAAGCUACGGUGCUGCUUGCAGAUUAAGUUAUAAAAAAAGAAUGUGUACCUUCCUACCCAACACAUUAGAGGAGACCAUGCCAUGUCCCCGAUGGUUUUGACACACCGCAUCAUUUGGAAAUCUGAAGAUCACUCAUUUCUUGCGUGUCCAUGUGUGUCUACUGUUAUCAACAGGUGCAGCCAAACGCGAAGCAUCUUGUAAUAUAGAGGUGCCCUGGUCGUCACACAGUCAAAUACACUAAGAUGCCGCUCCGUCUAGCAACAACGGCAUUUACUAUAAUCUCACUAGCUUCAUUAAUGGAAAAUAAAUGUUGUCUUAGAAAGCAGUAGAUUGCGCACGAAACCAGCAAUCGCAUGCACUUGCUACUUAUACACACCUUAAGGAAUGUGUGUCAUGACACUCGAAUAAGUACACAAAGCUGGCCUGCUGCUUCAACUUGUAAUAUUUUGAGUGCCCACACUUUUCGCUUAAUGCGAUGGCCUACACACUAUGACUGCUGUAUUUCCUAGCGAGCAGCAGACCAACGAAAGGACGCAACUGCUUCCAGUGUUCCUGAUGCAUUGCGAUUAAGCAUGAUUUACACAUACGUACAUCCAGAUGUAGUAGAAUAAGUGCGGAAAGUAUAAAAAAUAUCAAAACAUGUUUUUUUUAACAUCAUCAGAAGUUUUCCAUGCAUGCUCUUUUCUUGAAGUUAGCAUGAUUAUAUCUUUUUAUUGAAAAGUGAUAUUAUUAUAAGCCCUGGCAGUUUUAUAAGUAAGCGUGUUGAAAAAGCGAUGUGCAAUUUUGCCGCUCUCCCGUAGGCGCUUUUGUGAAAUAAAAGCCUGAAAUCUAGGCAGGAAAACGUG